AAAAUCACGCAUUUAAGACAUUAAAAGUAGAUGUCCGAAAUGAGGUGAGGUGCCCAUUGCCUUGGAAAAUAGAUUGUAUUAGAAAAAUCAAUUGCAAGUGGGAUGUAUUAUUCGAGUGGGAUUUUUUGUGGAUUUAGACUUUUAUGGGUCAAUGUCACCGGAUAUGGAGUUGAGUUCGAAUCAACAUUAUUUGUUCUGAUUCAAGGUCUUGAGUCUUCAGAGAUUUUUCGAUUAUGGGGAAAGCAAAAUAAAGCUUCUAUCUACGGCUAAAUGAUUUAUGCGAAAUCCAAAUCACCAAUCUCUAUUUUCUUUACUUUCUUUACUCAUUACACAAUGAGCUGCACUCAUAGUGUCAAAACUUAAAGCAAUUAUAUAAGAUCAGACUGACUCAUGUAUUAUCAAUCUUCAUCUUGAAACAUGAACAGAUAACUACUUGAAAUAAGUCUUCUGCUCAAUAAGCUAUCAAAGUAUCAUUUUUAGAGGCAAUAAUAUCUUGUCCGUCAAAAAAGUCAGCCAAAACCGAAGCACAUUUGCAAAAAGCAAUGCUGUUUGACUUCAAAACGACACUCAUACAAUUGCUAGUAAAUGUGAUGAUUACCGAAGAAAGGAAAGCAACUUAUGACGGGGAAGGCUAUUAUAAGUCAGAGGUAUUAAAUUCUACCAAAUUUGUAAAACAUGCAGGUGAAUUUGCCAUUGAACUGAGUAAACUUUGAAAGCUGCAAUCAGUUUUGAUGAAGGGGAUUGAAAUUUCAAUUAUCAUUGCUCCCCAUCUCUGUUGAUAUGCAACAAUAUGAUAGUGACUAAGGUUUUUUUUAAAUAAAUCAGCCUAACCACAGCAAUUCAACGUGUCUCUUCAGAAACUAUAAGAGGGCGAUAAAUGAGGCAUGAUGUAAAUGGCCCAUGAUCCAAUACUUCGGAAGUUUUAUUAAAGGAUCCACUCAAGACAUUAAGUGUAUAUAGAGUAAAGGAUGCAGAUGAAACGAUAAAAUGAUAGAAGAAAUGAUGUUUGUUUGUUUUUCCAGUGACCAAGACGAAACCAUAGCAUUGGCAAGUAGGGGAAGAGAGGAUUGCAUCCGCAUGAUGAGCCUGAAGCAACGCGUUUUUCUUGUUGUUUUCAUGCUUAUUGGUUCAUUUUCAUUACUGAUCAACCACUACCACUACCAAUACCAAUUCCACCCUGCUAUUUCAAGUAAUUACGACAUGAUAAUUCGAACCGAGAUUGACAACCGCAGUAUUCGCCAAAGAGAGAGCGUACUCGAAAACAAGCUCAAUUCUUCCAUCAUUCAAAGUCAACGAAUUCGUCGAUUGGAAAAAGAAUGCCACAGCCAUAAACCUCAAGUUCCCCGUGGGAACUUCCAAUCCAAGUUUCACUUAUUUCUGUUGGAUCCCCAAACCGGUUUGGCGUAUUGCCACGUGCCAAAGGUGGCUAGUUCGUUUUGGUACUCGAUUUUUUCAACAAUAGUCCCUGGAGUUCCGAAAAAUUUGACUUUGCCCACGUUGCAUUCGACAAUGUUAGACUUGUCCAGAAGGGCGGAGGAACUGCCCGAAAAUGCUUUCAAAAUGAUCUUUGUCCGCCAUCCAUUGAAGCGAUUGGUGUCGGCUUAUGUGGAGAAGUUUGUCAAAACCCAAGAAAAGAAUUUCAUCCAACCGCUCAAAGAGUUUAUCCGAAAUCAAAAUGCAGAAACAUUAGAAAUUAAUUUUCCCAUUUUUAUCAAGUUUGUCAUCCAUGAAAUGCAAAGAUAUCGUUUAAGCUACGGAACUCAUCACUGGAUCCCUUACACAAGCUUAUGCCAAAUAUGUCAGACAAGACUGGACUUCAUUGGUCACUUGGAAACCUUAAACGAAGACGCAGAGCUCCUCAUUGAGUUAUUUCCCAAACUGAAGAAAUUCAUCCCCACCAAACGAAACAACAUCAGUGACCAAACAUUGCAUAACACUGCGCUCCAUAAUGACCCCAAUCAAACCCAGAACUACUUCUCUCAGUUGGACAACAAAACUCGCCAAGACUUGCUCCUCAUCUAUAAAUUGGACUGCAGUAUAUUUGGCUACGACUGUAACGAAUUCUGGUAGUAAUAAAUCUCAAGUUGCUUCACAUGA